AUUUGGUCAGUUGGGUGCAUCAUGGGAGAAAUGAUCAAAGGUGGUGUUUUAUUUCCUGGUACAGAUCAUAUUGAUCAAUGGAAUAAAGUUAUAGAGCAGCUAGGGACACCAUGCCCCGAAUUUAUGAAGAAAUUACAGCCUACAGUCCGAACUUACGUGGAGAACAGACCCAAAUAUGCUGGCUACAGUUUUGAAAAACUCUUUCCAGAUGUCCUUUUCCCAGCGGAUUCUGAACACAAUAAGCUUAAAGCAAGUCAAGCAAGGGAUUUGUUAUCAAAAAUGCUGGUUAUCGAUGCUUCUAAAAGGAUCUCUGUGGAUGAAGCCCUGCAGCACCCAUACAUCAAUGUUUGGUAUGAUCCAUCAGAAGCAGAAGCUCCCCCACCAAAGAUACCAGAUAAGCAGUUAGAUGAGAGGGAGCACACGAUAGAAGAAUGGAAAGAGUUGAUAUACAAGGAAGUCAUGGACCUGGAGGAGAGAACCAAGAACGGGGUUAUACGUGGACAACCAGCCCCUUUAGCACAGGUGCAGCAAUGAUCAAUGGCUCUCAACAUCCAUCUUCAUCGUCAUCUGUCAAUGAUGUGUCUUCGAUGUCAACAGAUCCAACAUUGGCCUCUGAUACAGACAGCAGUCUAGAAACCUCAGCUGGACCUCUGGGUUGCUGUAGAUGACUACUUGCUCUUUUGGGGGGUGGGAGGGGGGUCCUUUUAGUCAUUAAUAGGGCACCUUUAAAAUUCAGUGGUAUUUUUGAGUGUUUUUUCAAAAAUAAUCGUAGAAUUCAUCAUCAAGUGCUGUAAGUUGUGUUAAAAGCAGCUACUUUUUUGCUGUAAUUAACUGUAAAAUAUUAAACCUGAUAAUUUUUAUUGUGGUUUUAAAAUCUGCAUAUUUGCUUUACUAUUAUGCUGCUGAUCUUUUUUUACUGAAUUUGUAAGAUUUGUUUUAUCAAAGCACAUAUUAAUGUUGUGGUCAUUACCGUAUAAUGAAUUAUUUAAGAUUUUAUAGGUUUUCAAUUUUUUAAUUAGAAUUUAUUCCAAAUGUUUUGUUCAUGAUAUCCUUCAGAGUUUUAUGCUUGGUCAUAUGUUCGUGUCCAGCUGGAGGGGAGAGGGAAUACAGCGCAGCCAGCUGUAGUUUUGGGCAUACUGCUACGGUACUGGCGCUGAAUAAAACCCUUUUUUAUUUUGGCCACUUGCCUACAGUACUUCAGCAAAGGCAACAAUUAGUGAAUUUUUUUUAGGGAAACAGUACACAAUCCUUUGCAAAGUAACCUCAUCUGUAUGGUUUUACGAACUGAAGCAAGCAAAGCGUAUCUUCAAAGCUGCAGAAUUCUCUAGCCUAACAAAGUAAUGUGAUGUUUUCUGCGGAGCUGUGGCAUGCCAAAUCUUACGAUCACCAUAAAACAUGAGGAUACUUCAUGAAUAAUACAUUGCAGUGCAAAUAAACUGUUUACUUCUA